AUGGAAAGUAUUUUUAAUAAAUAUGACGAUUAUAUUAUUCGUUCACAAUAUAAAACAUACGAAUCAACAUCAGAAACAAAUUUUAACAGAGAUGGUGUUAUAACCUUUGAAAUAGAAGGUACUUAUAGUAUUCUCAAUAUUAAACAUGCAAAAUAUAAUAUUAGUGGAAAAUAUUUAAAUAAUAACAAUAUUGAAUAUGAAGCUAAUAGUAAUGUUCAAUUAGAUGAUAAUUUUGUUGCAUUGUUAUUUUCGCAAAUUGAAGUAACAAAUAAUGGAACAUUAAUAGAUCAAAUUGAAAACGUCGGUAGAUCAAGCAUAAUCAAAGGACGUGUUAGUUAUUAUUUAGAUGAAAAUGGUCCAACAAUUAAUUCUGGAUUUCAAACAAGAUUUGAAAAUAGCCUUAGAUUUAAAGCUAUUGGAAAUUUAUCUAAUCUAUGUUUAGGUUUCUUUAAAGAUAUUAAACAUCCGAUUUUUAAAGGAGGAAUUAAAAUAAAUUUUAAGAGAGCUAAAGACGAUGAUGCAUUGUACAGAUGGGAUUCUACAACCGCAGCAAUACCAACUUUUGGAAAAGUUAUUAUUGAGGAUUUUAUGAUUACGAUUCCAUCAGUGGAAUAUCAAUAA